AUGGCCGGAAGAGGUAAAGUUGGAAAAGGAUACGGAAAGGUUGGUGCUAAGAGACACACCAAGAAAUCACUCAAGGAGACCAUCAUGGGCAUUACCAAGCCAGCAAUCAGAAGACUCGCUAGAAGAGGUGGUGUCAAGAGAAUCUCAUCCCUCAUCUAUGAGGAGACCAGAAACGUCCUCAGAUCAUUCCUCGAGAACGUUAUCAGAGAUUCAGUCACCUACACUGAACACGCCAAGAGAAAGACCGUCACUGCUCUCGACGUCGUCUAUGCCCUCAAGAGACAAGGUAGAACUCUCUACGGAUUCGGAGGAUGA